AAAUCUUUUUAUUUACUUAUUAUCAUUAUUGUCAGUAUUCUUUAUUAUUUCCCCUGGAACUUGGUUAUACCUUGACCCAGAAAUCUGGACCUUGACAAAAAUAAUUGAUUACCCCUGCUAUAGAUCAAACCAGCUUUAAUGAAAAUUAUAUAGGGAGACAAGAUGGGUGAGGUAAUAUCUUUUAUUGGACCAACUUCUGUUGAUGAAAGAGACAAUCUUUUGAGCUACAUAGAGCUCUUCUUCAGAUUACAUUAGGUAUAUUCAGGAUAGGCAGCAAAGCUGUUAUCUUCCCAGGAGAUGAAGUGCCGUGGAUGCCAUGUUCUGAGAUCAAGCAUGUAAAUGUGUUGAGUCCAUGCAUCCAUCACUGCAAAGUAAGGUGUAAUUGUAGUGUGGGUAAGCAUACCAACACUAGCUUUAAUUGAGCUAGCACCAGUAACCGUAGCAACGAAGACGUGGUGGCAUGGGCUUCGGCACAGGCUAACAAUCCCAGCACAAGCCUGCAGGGGAUGCUUAGUACAUACUUGGAUUGUUAACAAUGCUGAAGUCCAUGCUCCCACAUUUUCACUACCAUUGUUACCUGUGCUAUGUAGAUUAAAACGUAUGUGGGUAUGUCUACUUGUGCUACAAUUACAGCACCUUAAUUUGCGGUGUCAAGGUAUUCCAGUCUGAGCAGUGCUUAGUAGGACUGUGGUGGGUUUUAGGGGUUCACAACCUUUCUUAGUUGGAAGCAGGUUUGUGACUGCAACAGAGGGGAGAAUAAAAGAGGGCAUGGGAGAUUCCAGCCAGUCCCUCAAACACUACAGUAACUCUUCAAGGGUCAAGACUUCAAUGGAUUAGCUGUAUUUAAGGUUUCAUAAUGUCUUCCCAGGAUGGAAGAAGAGCAGUGCCAGCUGUCCCAAAAGGAACUGGUUUCUGGCAUUCUCCAGGGACAGCUCAUUAUGGCCAAGAAACAAAAGAACUGCUUAAAGUGAUGAUGGAGGAAUCCAAACUUACCAAUUUCCAGCAACGCCACCUCAUGGACUGCAUGAAACGAGGUGUUUCCCUGCCCACUCACUGCAACCCAACAUCCAGCAAAGAACCACAGCUUGCGCAGCCUGCACCCUCUCCACCAAAGCCUUGUCUUUCAGUCACUCUGUUGGCCAGACCUCAUCUCCGACCUGCUGAGAUCUGCCGGGCAGCCGAUGCCUACACCCGAGAGAAAUUCAAACCCCGGGCCACUCGCGACUUAGAGAGGGAGAAGCAGAGGCUCCAAAAUAUCUUAGCAACUGGAAAGGACAUGGUGGAACAGAAGCCACAGCAGAAGCCAGUGCAGACAGAGGAAGAAAUACCUGAACCUGACCGGUUUGAAGAACUGGUGAAUGAAAUUCAGGAGCGGAAGGAAUUCCUGGCAGAGAUGGAGGCUCUGGGCCAGAGCAAGCAGUAUCGAGGGACUGUCCUCACUGAAAUCUCACAGAAACUGCGGGAGAUGGAGAUCAUCGAUAAGAGGAGGAGUAAGGACAUGAGAAAGGCAAUGGCAAAAAUCCUCCCUGUGGGAAACAAAUCUGAUCCCAAUAGCUAGACCAAGACCAGACACCAGAGCAGACCAUUCCCACCCCUUCUUUAUUUGCCCUUCCAAUAGGGCUGGGCCUCCACCAUAAAAGGGUCACAGAACUGGUCUAUGCCUAUUCAUCUAAGGCAGAUCCUCUCGGAGGAAUGUCAGUAGCACCUGUUGCGUAAAUCCAAGAGGGCAGUAAAUGUUUAUGCAAAUACAUAACAAGAGAAAAUCUUUGCAAAAUCCUAUCAACACUGACUAGUCUCCCUUCAGGCAGCUGUUUCACGGUUGGGUGAACUUGAUGGUUGGGGGAACCAAAUCAGGGAAUUAGCCUGGUUCCCUCCUCUGGAGGGACUAGGAGGAGAUGAAAAGACCUCAGCAUGCUCCAGUCGCCUCUGAAACAUGGUGACGCAAGGUCUCUUUCCACCUAUGACACGUCUUAAGGUGUGAGAACAAAGCUGACCUGCACAACAGACACCCAGAAGGAAAAUCUCUCUCCCUUUUCCAUAUGGCCCAAACUCUGGGGAUUCUGGUUGUUUCUGUGGAAGCUGAAAAUUAAUGGGAUUGUUUACUUCCUCGUCACUGAUCCAUAUCAUCACUCAUGUCAGCACAGCCCUGGAAGCUGUGUCAGCUGCUGCUCCAGAGCAGGUGAGGGAGGAGCAACCACACUGCCUUACAUAAAUAUUAGCCUUGAUUUUAA